AUGCUCCGCUUGGGUCCUAGUGCCUGGGGCAUAGCCCUAGCCACAGGUCUCAUAGGAAGCGUGAUGCACACCGGAUCGACACCAUCGCCCUCUCAGGGAGCCAGUGGAGGGAGCCAGCAGGUUCAGCUGCAGAAGCAAGAGGAGGUGGUUUCGCAGUCGGAGGCUCAAGAGCUGAAACGGAUCCUGCGAAAACUGAAGACAUUGGCCUUGGAAACGGAAACGGAACUGGAAAGGCAGGACGAAACCCUCGAUGUCAUCACGUCUUCCGUAGAUCGAGCUACUAUGAACAUUGAUAAGCAGAACCGUAGAAUAAAAAAGCUAACAUAAUGUGUCUGAGGAGCCGGUUGUGAUCCCAAAGGAGCAACUGCCCCUUGGCGUGCAAGCUGUAAUAGUCUCUCAUGUUGUGUUGUCCUGAAACUCUUGUAAGGGAGGGGUUUAGGAUUACAGGGAGAAAUGUAUCAGCGGAGGUAGUUCAGAGAGGUCUUCUCUGCUAUAAAACGAACAUACUCUCCUGCCGAAUUGUAGAGGUCUGUGAAUUCCAGCAGAACGGAAGAGCUUCUCCAUUGCAUGUUUGUUGGUCACUUUUGAAAAGCGGAUUUGUCCCAGGUUCUGUGGGAACUGAGAUAAUGCUGGGUUACGGCAUGACGCCUCAAGAGGACGCAGAUGUGUUCUUACAGAAAACCCUUAAUUUGCCUGAUGUAUGACUCACGUUAAUGUAAAUUGGACUUUAUGUAUGCAGGGGGGUGGGGGUUGUACUUCCAGUAAGGGAGUUAUUGGCAUGUUUCAGGCUAAAAUAAUAUGUGACCAUCAAACCACUACAAACUAAUUAGGUGGAAAGAAUUCAAGAUCAUCAGUAGGUCCGACAAAAUAUCCUCUGGGUGUGCAUUCGGUAACCGACUGGGUUUUUCCUGGCAAGAAGCCCUCAUUUGAUACAUGAAAGUACCCUGCUUCCGAUACACGGAGGUGCCAUUAGCUAUCCUGGCUAAUUAGGGCUGAGAGACCAUCCUCCGUGAAUUUAUUUAAUCCCUUUUUAAAGCCAUAUAAGCUAACGGCAAUCACCUGCUCGUGUACUCGGACUGACCUUCUAGUUCCUACCAAUGACCUGGACCGAUCUUUACGAGGCAAGGAGCCAUUUUGAAAGCCAAUGUUGCACCUUAUGUAUUUGAAAGGGAAUAGCUAUAGAUUAAAUGUCAUUGAUAAAA